AUGUGGUCACCAUCCACCGCCACGAUCUUCACAUCGUCCACCACCACCACGGCCACCAUGUCCUCAUCAGUCGACAACCACUCGUCGUGGGGCCCCGCAAUAUAUGCCGUCGCUAACACGAACACCCUCUACAAGGCCGAGGCCGAGGCGAGGGACCAGAGGUGGUGGCAGAGUUGGAGCGGAAUGGAGCAGUAUGGGAGCAGGAUCGCAGAGAAGUCGAUUGCGGUGGAGGUGGAGUCUACGACGCCAUACAAGGACUUCCGAGAGUCGAUGGUGGCAAUGGUGACGGAGAAGGAGCUAUACGCGUGGGAGGAGCUAAAUACGCUGCUACACUAG